AGAUGAGCAAGGCUUGACUUAUCUCAGUUCUGUUCAAUUCUUAAGUUCAUCGUUGGUUCAUCUUUGAGGAUGAGAGAGAUUUCGGGGUUGUGGCUCGUGAUUCUGGCGGCUCUCCUGCUUGUGGACAGUGCCAGAGGUCAGACAACAAGACGAACAGCGUUGAGGGUUGACGAUGGAAGGUAUCGGCCAGCAAAUGAUGGGCGAUACAGGCCUGGAAAUGACGGAAGGUACAUUCCUAACGACGAUGGGAAGUACGUCCACGUGGGUGAUGGAUCUCGAGGACCAUACACAGGAGGAGGAGGAGAGUACGUUGCGACACGAGCGGGAAAUUUCGAUGAAAUUGAUCGCUUCGGCGUCACUGCAUCACCAGCUUCUGCCGUUCCCUUCACGACUGCUGCCAGAGUCCUUGUCACGGCGCCCCCGAGACCAGCGACUCCGCCACCGCGUCCGUCCACUGUUGCAGCCCCCGUUGUGCCCAGAGUCAAGGUGGUGGCCGAUGGCAGGCCGAAUGGAGAGUGGCAAACACUGCGGCACGAGAGUGAAGUGAACGCUGACGGUUACCACUAUCUCUUCGAAACGGAAAAUGGGAUCUUGGCAGAGGAGUCCGGACGCGUGGAGAAUGACGAUGUGGGGCUGAGGUCGCAGGGAUUCUACCAGUACACCGGGGAUGACGGCCAACUCUACCGCGUGGACUACGUGGCAGGACCAGAGGGCUUCGUCGCUCAAGGGGAUCACAUUCCCAAAGUUCCGCCGGAGAUUGAGAAGCUCCUGGCUUAUCUGGCCGCCCAUCCGCCAACACAGUAACCAGGCGCCUCCAUCGGCACACAAAUGCUUAACGAUCGCGAAAUAAAUGUGCAAUUGCUGUUUUCAGUUUGAAAUUUGUCGGUCGCGAAAGUGUGUCGUCGUGGGAGGAAGGAAGAGGAAUAUGAAUAAGAAAUACAAGUACAACCUUGCUGGAA